AGCUGCACAAUUGAUUUUGAUCUAACAAUUAGCAAUUUGGGCGGAGCCACUUAUAAAUAAUUAAAAAUUAUUGAUUUACUCUAAAUUUAUUCUAUGAUUAAAAUUAAUGGCAGGAUUAGUCGAGGGAUUGGCAGAGGCCACAGAAGAUUCAAGCUCCUUUUCUGGUGGAUACAGUUACUGUUUCGUUGAUGGAGAUCCUCCCAACAAGUAUAUCUGCCACAUCUGUACUUUACCGGCGAGAGAUCCUCAUCAGGUCACGUGCUGUUACAACAUCUACUGUAGUGUUUGCCUACAGACACUCAAACUUCUCAAAGUGAAGGGACAAAAUGGCUUUAUAUGUCCCACGUGUCGUCAGCCACUGGAGGGUAAUUACUUUAAAGAUGGUAGGGUCGAUCGGGAAAUAAGAUGUCUUGAAGUCUAUUGUAAUAAUCGUAUGGAGAAGGGUUGUCCUUGGGUGGGUACAGUGGCCAAUAUAGAAUCCCAUCUUACUGUGUGUCCUUUUGAUGUUGUAAAGUGCAGUAAUGGCUGCGGGGCAGAAUUAAAAAGAUCAAACCUAAAGACACAUUUGACCAGCCGUUGUUCCCAAAGAAUCGUCAAAUGUCAGUACUGUCAGAGUAGUGGCAUGCACAUCAUUGUCACCAGUAAGCACCAUUUGGAUACAUGCACUCAUUAUCCAGUUAAAUGUGCCAAUAAGGAUUGCUCACUCGAACUCCCACGAAUUGAAAUGCUCUCUCACAUCAAAGCUUGUGCUAAAACUCUCGUUUCAUGUGAAUACAGUAGCAUUGGAUGUGAUAAGAAAAUCAUGCGGGAGAAUUUAGAAAAACACAAUGAAGAAUCAAUGAAAGAUCAUCUCCUAAUGGCUGUUAAAGAAGUGGGGUUACUCAGAGCUGAUGUCAAGAUGCUUAAAGAAAAGACUAUACUUAUAGAUAGCUUUAGAGGAGCCUUUGCUUCAAUGGCAAGCAUUGAAUCAGUUCAUAAUUUAGCAACGAGGGUUAUUUCAUUUCAGGGCCAAUCAAAAUCUAUACAAGCCCAAGUGACAAAUUUACAAGCCAAGGUUACAAGGGAUCAGGAAGAGAGGACUAUAAUGCAGCGAACUGUUCAGUCAAUACGUGGACAAACAGCUAAUUUAAAAUUGGUCCAAACUCAGCAUUGCAAAGCCAUUGAAUCCCUCACUGCUAAUGUAAGUGCCCAACAAAUCAAAAACAAAGUCCACAAGCAUGUAUUUAAACUAAGUGGCUUUACUGACAAGAGAGACUCAAAGAAGGCAUGGUACAGCCCUACAUUUUACACUUCCCCUGGUGGUUACAUGAUGGCAUUACGUGUUGAUGUUAGUGGGGAUGCUAGCAAUGAGAGUUUUAUUGGUUGCUAUGUAUGUCUCAUGGCAGGAGAGUAUGAUCAUGCUUUGGAGUGGCCCUUCUCUGGAGUAGCUACUAUAGAACUACUGAAUCAGCUGGAGGACAAGAAUCACAAAACCUACGAGUUAGUUUUUGACAAUGCCUUACCACAGCCUUGCAGGGAGAGGGUUUAUGGGAAAACAAACACUUUAGGAUGGGGUUUUUCUGAAUUUAUUGCUCACUCAGAAUUGGCUAUUUCGUCUACCUCCUUUCAGUAUCUGUGCGAUGACAAGCUUUACUUUAGAGUAACUGUGAAUGUUACAUCUAAGACCAAACCCUGGCUAGAAGAAACAGACAAUUGACUGAUAGAAUGAAGAACAAUGGUAUAAUUCAUUUUUACAUUUCAUACAGAAAGUUAUUUAUCAUUACUGUUUAUUCGUUUUGUUGUAUUAUAUGAGACUGAGUGCAGUUAGUUUUCUUUAAACUAA